AUGUUUAACAUUAGUUCUGUUCCAGAUUCAACGUAUUUUGUUUCUGCAUCAAAUUCUCUGUAUUUUCAUGGUUCACUCUCUGGUCAUCCAAGGUGUUCUAUGGUCAUUGAUGCCAAUUCUGCAUUGAAAACAUCGAUUAAACAGAUAUUCUGUGGUACCAAUGAUGAGCAAACGGAUUUGGCAAACAAGGUCAUUGGACAGCGCUACAACAAACGCAUUGCAAACUAUGAUGAGCUUGAAUCAUUGGUGUCAGAAUGGGGUGGAAAGUUGGACGAGUCGGCUCGUGCAAGAAUCAAGUUUUAA